UUUUGUAUAGAAACUAUUUUUUUUCCUUUUCGUACGUUAUUCUUCUUUAUUUGUAAUGUUUGCAGAGCUAUAACACUAUCUCAGACUCAGAAACGUUACAAAGAAGGUAUCAUCACACAAAAACUCAAAAACAAACAACAUCAAAAUUUGUUCCUCUCUCUUUCUCUCUCCAAUUUCUUUUUCAUUUUUCAUUUCCUUUACCUGAAAGAACAAAUCAACAACAAUGGCACCAAGAAGAAGACAACCCAGAAGACAGACGGUUGGUAACACAAGAAUGGAUGCUGCUUUGGAUGCAAUGAGACAGCUUGGAUUUGAGGAAAAGAUUAUCAGAGACACGGUUGAGGAGCUUCUUGAUGUUUAUGAAGGAAAUCAAGGUUGGCCCUUUAUUGAAGAGGGCUCUUACAAGCUGCUGAUUGAAACCAUUCUUUGCAAUUGUGAUGAAAACAAGGAUGAUGCAAGACAGGAUGGUGUUGGUGAGACAUCAUCAGCUGCCACUCCCGCAACCGGGAUUACUGAAGUUGGCUCCUCUUAUCUUGUGCCUCAAGACUAUGUAACGCGGGGUAAUGAUGAUUUGGACUCUGCAUCUCAAACCAAUGAUCACGAUCAUGAUUUUGCUCCAAUUGGCAAUGUAGAAGAAGACGCUGGUGUUAAGAAUACAACUGUCAGAGAAAGCAAUCAUGAAACAUUUGUGAGCAAUGUUGAAGCCACUACUGACAAGCUUCCACAAAGUAGGUACAGACCUUGCUAUGGAUGGAUUAGCAGUGAUGAUGACGAUGUGGACCUCAUAUACUUUCAACCUCCACCAUUACCUAAACACAUAGAGGAGUUGAUCGGGACGAGUUUAGCUCAUGAAGGACCAAAGCGCAAGAGUAGAUGGGAUGAAAAACCAGAUGAUAUGUGAAUGCUGUAUUUGUUAUGACCGUAUACCCUAGCCCUUGUUUGUUUUAUGUUCUUAAUAUAUGUAUGUUAUGGAUGAUAGGGAGCAUUAUUUUGUUCAUGAGACUUUAGAGAUGGAUAUUAAGUUGAUCAUGACAAGUUUUUUUUGCUCCUUGGAGAUUUAUAUUGCUGAAAGUUAUCUGAACCAUGAUUCCUUGAAUUACAAGGCAUCACCAAUAAAUAGUAACAAGUUAUUCAUGAUUUUGACAA